ACAUACCUGUCCACCCAUCAGACCACCUUAUUGCAGGCUGUGGUCCAUCAGUGGAACCUGACACACAGUAGAAAGAGGAUUUUAUUCCAAUCCAACAUGUCAGAGGCAGAAACCAAGACAGAGGUCUUCACGAUAACUGAUAUGAGAGAGCCGGCGUCGGAGAAAGACAACACAAACAAGAAGACAUGCAUCUUUGAGCAGUAUGUACAGCCCUGCCUGGUUGAACUGCUUGGGACGAUGCUGUUCGUGUUUGUGGGGUGCUCGUCUGUUAUUGGGAAUGUGGGAACAACCAGUGCCAUCCAGCCAGCUGUGGCACAUGGACUGGCGCUGGCGGUGUUGAUCAUGAUGUUUGGGCAAAUUAGUGGGGGGCACUUUAACCCUGCGGUGUCUCUGUGCGCGUACCUGUGUGGAGGGAUGGAGCUUCUCCUGCUGGUGCCUUAUAUCCUGGCUCAGAUGUUGGGAGGGAUGGUUGGUGCUAGUUUUGCCAGGGCAGUGUUACCCCCUGAGGUGUAUGCAAAUUCCACUGGCGGCGCCCUUGUUGUACUCUCCAAUGAUCUGGCGAUAGUAACUCUGGCAGAGAUGAUCAUGACUAUGUUCCUUACAUUGGUGGUGUGCAUGGGGGCCAUCAACAGUCAAACCCAGACACCAAUGGCUCCUUUCUGCAUUGGUCUCACUGUGACAGCCAACAUAUUUGCUGGAGGGAUGGUGUCUGGAGCUUGUAUGAACCCUGCCCGAGCCUUUGGUCCUGCAGUGGUUGCCAACCACUGGGACCAUCACUGGAUCUACUGGGUUGGACCCAUUGGUGGUGCACUGGUUACUGUCACCUUUGUCAGGUUCGUGCUCGGUGACCGGAAGACCCGUAUUUGGUUGAAGUGAAUGUCUAAUUUAUUGAAGAGAGAAACAGAGCGACGACAUCCCGACUGACUUGACGGCAGCUUUUCCAUUUGGAUGUUCAUCACUCAAAGUUUUUUUUUAGUUUUUUGUUUUUUCAUCUGUCAGCAAAUAAAGUUGUCCUUGAACCAGAUUUAAUAGUUGGCUCCUAUUCAAAGGCAUGUUUGUAUUUCAACAUUCAAUAAAGUGUUUGAUGUUAUGAUAAGGCUGUGAUAGCUUUAUCAUAAUAUUUGAUGAUGGUGCUGUAAAAAAUCCAGAGAUAUUUCAUCAUCAAUUUUAUACAUACAAUUUGAUCACACUUUCUGUUAUCUAUCUAUAGUCUUUUUGUACUCCUUUGGGUUAAAGUCCUGAAUGGAAAGUUUGAUAGCUUUAUUACUACAGGUGGUACUGGACUCUGCAUUAUGCAAUAAAACUAGAUUAGAAUCAUAAACCAAUGCCCUUGGAUCAACUGAAACACAUGAGAAGUUUUAUAAAAAUCAAAUGUAUUUCAAAACUAUAUGCAUCUAUAUAGAUGCAAAGAAAUGAUGAUGGUGGUGCAAGUGCUAAGAGUGAUAGACACUGUAUAUAUUAUUUGUUUCAUUAAAGAUGUAUAAUAAAAUACAUGCAGAGAUGGAAAAAGCAAUCAAAUGACAUUCCCAAUAAAACAAUUAAAAUACAAACGCGGGUGAUAAGUUCAUGGACAGUUCAUGUGCUGGAAAAUGAUUCCUGGAUCCUCUACUAGACUUUUUUUUUU